CAAAAAGCAAAUGCUUUCAUACAAUAAUGCUAAAAUUUAGUUCGGACGUUAACACACGUACAUUUUCACGUACAUUUUGUUUUCACUGAGGAUCUAGAGUGCAAUGCAGACUGUUUUCUUUUAUCUUCCUUUCAUCGUCAGUUUGAAGUCGGAGGUUACGAGCAGUUAUGUAUACUACCAAACUUUAAGCAGAUUUUGCAUCCCUUAUCUUAAUUGUGAACCAGGUAAUGAAAUCCAACCUUGCACCGACAAUUACAUGCAAGAUUUAUGUAAACCAUGUAGGACAGGUAUGGAACAGCCCGAUCUAAUCUCUUCUACUGGGAAUGUUAACAAAUCUUUAUGUUUUAAACCAUCAAGCGAAUGUCUUGCAAAAGAUAUAACAUACAGCCGCACGGAAAAAGACGUCUUUUGUAACACUUUGAAAUGGUGCAAAUGUGACACAAAAAAAUGUUACUUUGGGGAUCCAUGUCUGUGUGACAACAAGAAACCUUGCGCAGUAGGACACACGAUGAAUGAGAAAGGAGUUUGUAGUCCAUGUCCAAAAGGCACUUUCAAAAAUGUGACAGGAUGCGGUCCAUGUAGACAACUAAAUAAGUAUGCAGACUUAAUGCCUGCAAAAAAGAGUCAAUCAAUACCAACAGAACAUUACAAGAAUGCAGAACAACAGCAACAGCUAUCAACGGAACCGUUAAUUAUAGUUUCAAAGCUGAGAAGUAGUAAACCCGCUGAGAAGGACAACUCAAAGAUGUUUAUAAUAAUCGCAGUACUUGGAGUGUCGCUGGUAGUUUUGUCAGUUUUCAUCAUAACAUUAUGUAAACGAAAAAAUGGUAUAUCCUUUUCUGGUAGCAUCAGCCUAACAGAUGGUAAUAAACAACAGGAUGGAAGACCGAUUCCUUUCCAUGAUUACCAUUCACCUUUGUUGCAUGUAAAUCAACGUUCACAACAAGACAAACAACAUGACGAACGACAAGAUGCUCUUCGUAAUAACAUUCCUUCUUUGCAAACCAAUCAUUUAAAUACCAUGGGAAAUCAGACUGGUGACGGCGACCUAAUUAAUAAAUAUCUGCCAUCAUAUUCUACCGAUGGAAGUAAUUCGUACCUGAUGUCUGGAGACUCAAGUUUCAAAGAUAUGGACCACGGUAGGAAUGAUGGAUCAAUCGAGGAUCAGAUUGACAAUUUGAAGCUGCAAGUAUUUUCAAGAGGAAACCAAACAAACCUACAAUGCAACAGACGUACUCUUCUAAAAAUACCAACUGAAUCCGAAGACGAAAACUCUGUGGCAACGGUUUCGAUGUAUGAUUUGGAGAAAAAAGACGAAAACUGCAACAAUGUUUUAUCAAACAAAGACAUAAAAUCAAGGAACACAGAUGCUAAUGAACACGUUGGAUGUGUAUAUAAACAGACAAGAAUGCAGUCCUAUAAUCAACAAGGAUCUUCCGAAGAAUAUGUUGAUAACAGCUAUUCAAGUGGAUACAAGUCUAGCACUUUAAACUACACCAAGGACUGUUAUGAUCCAAUGUCCGGCAGCUUUAUUACAAUGCACUCCCCUGUCUUUGAUAGUUUGGCAACAGAAGAAUUACCAAGUUCAAUCGAAACCUAUACUUUCAACAUCAGUGGAAACAACGGAUUCUGACGAACAAUUAUUCUAUAAAUAGGAAACUUUAAAGUCAGAAUAUCAAUUUAAAAAUAAUCUUCAACGCUUGUAGAAUUGUCAUGUGAUAUGUCCAGCAUUCGCUUGAAAAUGUAUGAAAACAUUUUUUUAACAAUUUUAUUGAUUAUGCUAUACUAAUAAGAAUGUGUUGUGUGUUGUUUGCUGUUAUUUGUAAGAUCUAUUUUGUUGCAGAUUCUCUUAUUUUGUUUACGAUGAUUUAAAAACAGAAUUAAAAACUGUAACAUUUGUAAGAAACACAGAAGUUUUAACAAUUAUGUAUUACAAUACAAUAAUAACCAAUCACAAUAUGAUAAAGAUAUUGACCGACUUCUUGCAUGCAUACUGUUUGGUGCGUUUUACAAGAUUAACAAAUUGCCAAAUUUCAAAACUAGACCAUGUGUUGAAACAUAGAAACCUACUCAGUAAAUAGUUACCAGAAUUAUAAUUCAGUACGCCAGACGCGCGUUCCGUCUACAUAAGAAUCAUCAUUGACGUUCAUAUCAAAUUAUUUAUAAACCCAAACAAGUACACAGUUGAGGAGCAUUGAGAAUCCAAAAUUCCUUAAAUUUGUGCCAAAUACGCCUAAUGUAACUGAAUCCAUUCCUGGGUUAAGACAAUCCUUAGUUUUUCGAAAAAUUCAAAGUUUUGUAAACAGUAAAUUUAUAAACAUGACCACAUGUACAUAAUUGGUAUAUUCAUGUCAACACUGAAGUGCUGACUACUAGGCUGGUGAUACCCUCGGGAACUAAACGUCCGCCAGCAGUGGCACCGAUCGUUGCAAGUUCGAAGACAGUAAAUGUAAAGUUUAUAUGUUUAAGGGAGUAGAUAAUCCAUUGAUAAUCUUUAGCGAUACAAUAAACUUUUUUGAAAUAUAUGUGGGAUUAUCAGAAUAAUUAA